AUGGGCUUAUUCUUCUCUAAAAUUUCUUCCUUCAUGUUUCCAAAUAUCGAAUGUCGUACAUUGAUGCUCGGUUGAGAUGGAGCCGGAAAAACGACUAUUCUCUAUAAGCUGAAGCUUAAUAAGACAGUCAAUACAAUUCCAACCAUUGGAUUCAACGUGGAGACUGUUACCUUCCAAAAACUCACUCUCAUUGUUUGGGAUGUUGGAGGUCAGAUACUAAAACACUACUUUCCAAAUACCACAAUAUUAGUGUUUGUGGUGGACAGUUCGGAUAUUGAGCGGAUUCCCGAGGCAAAGGAAAAAUUGUUCAGUUUGCUCGCCGAGCCAGAGCUUGCGGAUUCUCAUCUGCUUGUCUUUGCAAACAAGCAGGAUAUGCCGAAUGCAAGAUCACCAGCCGAGCUGACUCAGCUGCUUGAUUUGGGUUCACUCAAGAAUAGAGAGUGGUUCAUCUGUGGUACAAACACUCACUCUGGACAAGGUCUCUACGAAGGUCUGAUGUGGGUCAAGAAGCAGAUGAAGACAUAA